AGGCUACCUUCGUCCACAUUUGUAUGGAAGGGUGCAGUUAUCCUCCUGGCCUGCAAAGUUACAAGGAGUUAAGGAGUUACAAAGUAACAAUGAAGAAGAAGAACAGUUUAUGUAUGUAUUUAUUUGGUCAGGUAUUUGGAGGCGCAUGAUUUAUAUUUCCCUGAUGGACAGUGACACACUUAAGUUACACAUUUGGUGACGCUUGUUUUUCUUUAGCUAGCUAAAAUCUGGACUUCAAAACUUUUUAAGUAGCUAGCUAGUUAGCUACAGUAGCGUCAACAGUUAACACUAACGCUGGUAAGAGCGUGUGAGCGGCUCUGAAAGAUGUCCCGAGAACAGCUGGUUGUACAACUGGCCAGGAGGUCCUUCCAGACAGGGAAAACCAAGCCUCUGGAGUACAGGAUCCACCAGUUGAAGAGCCUGCUCCGCUUCAUCUCAGAGAGACGGAAAGACAUUGCAGAUGCCGUCAAAAGGGAUCUCGGCAAGAGUGAAAAUGGGACCGAGCUGUUUGAGACACUGGGACUGGAGGGAGAGAUCAAGCUGGCUAUAGAGAAACUGGCAGAGUGGGCGGCUCCUCGGCCGGUAGAGCAGAACCUCCUCACCAUAUUAGAUGAAGUUUAUGUGCAGCCGGAGCCUCUGGGAGUGGUGCUCAUCAUCGGGGCCUGGAACUACCCCUGGGCUGUCACCCUCCAGCCGCUGGUUGGAGCUAUUGCUGCUGGUAAUGCAGCAGUAAUAAAGCCAUCUGAAGUCAGCGCUCACUCUGCCAAAGUGAUGGAGGAACUUCUCCCUCAGUAUCUAGACAAAGAUCUGUACCCAGUGGUGACAGGUGGAGUGUCAGAGACCCAGGAGCUGCUGAAGCAGAGAUUUGACCACAUUUUCUACACAGGAAACUGCACAGUGGGGAAAUUGGUGAUGGAGGCUGCAGCUCGCCACCUCACCCCAGUGACCCUGGAGCUGGGAGGAAAGAGCCCCUGCUACAUCGAUAAGAACUGUGACAUCAAUGUCGCCUGUCGUCGCAUCACGUGGGGGAAGUUUGUCAACUGUGGCCAGACAUGCAUCGCUCCAGACUUCAUCCUGUGUGAACCCUGCAUCCAGAGCCAAGUAGUAGAAGAGAUCCAGAAGUGCAUCAAGGAGUUUUACACCGAUAAUCCAGAGACGUUUGAGGAUUACGGACGCAUUAUUAACCAGCGGCACUUUAAGAGGCUCAUGGCUCUUAUGGAGGGGAGCACAGUUGCUGUUGGUGGAGACAGUGAUGAAUCCCACUGCUACAUAGCCCCCACUGUGUUGAAGGAUGUGACGGGGGAAUCCAAAGUGAUGAAGGAGGAGAUCUUUGGGCCACUGUUGCCCAUCAUCACAGUGAGCGGUAUAGACGAGGCCAUCCAGUUUAUUAAUGAGAGAGAAAAACCUCUGGUUAUAUACAUCUUCUCUAAUGACAAUAAGCUGAUCAAAAGGGUGAUAGCUGAGACAUCCAGCGGAGCUCUGCUGGCGAAUGACUGUCUGGUACACUUUACUGUUAGUGCUCUGCCCUUUGGAGGAGUUGGCAACAGUGGUAUGGGCUGUUACCACGGACGGCACAGCUUUGACCAGCUGAGCCACCUGCGCAGCUGUCUGAUCAAGCAGCUGAAGAUGGAGGGAGUCAACAGCAUGCGUUACCCCCCUCACACUGCCAAAAAGCUGAGCUGGGCACGAUUCUUACUGCUCAAGCAGGUCAAUGUGAGCAGGCUGCGGCGCAUGGCACUGCUGGCCACAUUAGCCGGCUUGGCAGCAUUUGUGGUGCAGAGAUUCCUGCGGCGAGGCUGAGGAGCAGAAACUGGGGACAUGUGUUAAACCCUGGUGGUGUAGGUGAUCCUGGGACAGCCACAUGGACUCCUCACCUCUAAAGACAUCCAGCCCACCUGUGAAUUACUGUCCAUAUUAUUUUUCAUUCAUGUAGACAUAUUUGACUGCUUUUUGUCCUUUUUAAAGAUGUUUUUAUUCUGUUACAUCUUAAGCUGCUAUCAAUGUUUUUAGGAUUAUACUAUAUUUGUAUUUGACUUGGUAAAUUGAGAUUUUUACUUUUAGAUUCUGAAAUGUAUGAAAGUAACAUAAUCAAACUGGCCUUGAUUCAUUCAACUACACACAAACUACCAUGGCAAUCCAUCACAGUGUAAAUACCAUGUCUGCUUUCUAAGUGAUGCCAGUUCUGUUUUUGAUUGUCCUCCAUCACACUUUCUGCAACUAAACCUCAUUAAUAAAGUUUAUUAUGAUUAA